GAACUUUGAUAAACCUUUGGCGUCAGCAUGUGAUCAGAUCAUCAUGGUGUUUUCUAUAAUAAUUUCUUUUAUUGAAGAUUAUUUUCAACGAUCAUCGAGAAUUUAUUAGCUUUCAAACUUUUAAAAUUUAUCGGUCAACUUUAUCUUAUUACUUGCACCAAACAUGUCUACAACAUUUUUGAAAGAAUUAUCUAAUGAUUACGAAAAACUUUUUGAGACAGAAUUAGGAUAUGACGUUGUUAUUUAUUCCGGAGAAGAGCCAAAUGCUAAAGAAUUUCAUGUUCAUUCAAAUAUUUUAUGUAUUAGAUCACAAUAUUUUCGCUCUGCAUUUUCUAAUGAGUGGACUGAAAAAAUAGAUGGAAAAUUUAUCUUCAAAAAACCAAAUAUUUCACCACAAUUAUUUAAUAUAAUUCUUAGAUUUAUUUAUUGUGGAAAUAUUGAAUUGAAAAAUUUACAAGGUCCCGAUGUAUUAAAAUUAUUGAUAGCAGUGGAUGAACUAAAUAUUGGUUCAUUGAUUACUCAUAUUCAAGAAUAUUUAAUUGAGAAUCGAACCGAAUUUUUGCAUCAAAAUCCAACUGGAAUUCUUGAAACAGUAUAUCAGCAUGAAACAUUUGUUGAUUUAUGGGAUUUUUGUCUUGAAAAUAUUUGUGAAAAACCAACGAUCUUAUUUAAUUCCGAUAAAUUCAUUAAUUUAAAAGCUUCUUUAUUGGAAUUAUUACUAAAAAGAGAUGACUUAAAUAUGAAUGAAAUCAAAAUUUGGGAAAAGUUAUUAAUAUGGUGUUUUUCUCAACAAAAUGUGAAUGUGAAUAAUGAUCCAACAAAAUGGAGUGAAGAAAAUAUUAUAAAGAUUAAGGAAGAAUUACACAGAUUUAUUCCUUUAAUUCAAUUCUAUAAUAUUGAACCUGCAGAUUUCUUUUAUAAGGUUUAUUGUUAUAAAGAUAUCUUGCCACAAGAUUUGAUUCAUGGUCUUUUGGAAUUUCAUAUAGUACCUAACAUGAAACAAAAAACUAAUCUUCCUUUUUCAAGAAAACAAGAUUUAAAAUAUCAUCUUGAUUCAAUCUUAAUUGAACCAGAUAGUAUUCUUCUUCUUACUUCAUGGAUUGAUAAAAAAGAUUCUUCACAUUAUGAUAAAAAAAAUGUUCCUUAUGAUUUUAAAUUAUUAUAUCGUUCAAGUCGGGAUGGAAUUGAUUCUAAUUCAUUUCAUACCAAUUGUGAUAAUAAAGGCGCUACUAUUUGGGUAGCAAAAAUUAAAGAUUCAACGCAAUUAGUUGGAGGGUAUAAUCCACUUGAUUGGAGCGGGGAUAGUGGUUAUAAAGCUACAGUAAAUAGCUUUUUAUUCAGUACUACAGAUGGAAAAAAUAUUUCAACUGCAAAAUUAAGUUAUGUAAAUAUGACGUCAUGUGCUAUUUAUUGUUCUCGUGCUCAUGGACCUUCUAUGGGUAAUUUAAACUGUAUAAACGAUAAUUGGCUUUAUAAUAGUUAUGAUAAUGGAGACCGUUAUCCAAAAAUAGGAAUCCCAGCACAUUUUAUUGUAGAAAAUUAUGAAGUGUUUCAAGUAACCAAAAAUAAUUAGUAAAAUAAUUAAAGAAACACGCGAGUAGUUAUUAAACCUUUUAAUGAAAUAUUUAAAAUAUUACAAGGAAUAUUAAAUAAUUUCUUAGCUUAAAUCUGAUAAUUAUGUAUUUAUUAUUAGUAUUAAAAAAAAAAAUUCAUGGGUAUUAUGUGGGUAUUAUGUACAGGGUUGAGCACUAUACAGUAUGAUUUCCUGAAUUUAGUGUUACGAUCCGUCAAUCCGUAAGUAAACACAUUUUGGCUAUUUUAUGAACAUUAAAUCAAUAAAUAAAAAUUUUUUUUUAAGAUAUUAUCAAUU